GGAGAAAGAAGACGUCAAUCGUGUCCCAAGCCCGUUGAGAGUCAUGAACCGGAUAUACCAAGAGACAACAUGAGCCCAGCUCUGAUGCAAUCCUGUACAGCCCUUUCCAGAAGGCUGUAUACAAGACCCUGUUUUCUAUUCAUCCUGGUGGCAGUGGCUGUCGUGACCUACACCACCUUCGCCUUGAAUUGGUGGAACGACCCACAGCGACCCUCUGUGAAUUUCACUGGAAAGACUCCUGAUGAUGAUCAGGUGAACACGCGUGUCUUGACCAAUCGGAAUGGUGUCCAAUGGGAGGAUCCCGGGCGGUACCACGUGGCAUACCCGCGGGGGUACAAAUUCGUAAUGGAUGAGCCGGAGAAGUGUCGGACCGGGAAUCAGGCCCCGUUCCUGGUGCUGAUGGCCCCCGUGGCGCCUGGUAACCUGGCCGCCCGGGACGCCAUCCGCAGGACGUGGGGUAAUGAGACCCUGGUGCAGGGGAAGAAGGUACAGACGCUAUUCAUGCUAGGACUUCCUGGAGGAUUAGGUGCCCAGGAGCUGCAGGAGAAGGUGAACCAGGAGAGCCGGGCGCACCAUGACCUCCUCCAGAGCGACUUCAAGGACACCUACCAUAACCUGACCAUCAAGACCAUGGUGAUCCUCGAGUGGCUCGUCUCGCGGUGCCCCGAGGCCUCCUACGCCAUGAAGAUUGACUCAGACGUGUUCCUCAACGUCCAGAACCUUGUCUCCAUGCUGGUCAACCCUGACACUCCCAAACAGAACUACAUGACCGGUCUAGUCUGGUGGCACAGCCCGGUGCUGAGAAACCCCAACAAUAAGUUCUUCCUUCCUUAUGAGGUGAUGGCUGAGUUGGAGUAUCCCCCGUACCCUCUGGGGUUUGGCUACAUCAUGUCCAUGGACCUCCCCAAGAAGAUCAUGGGGGUCUCUCCACAGAUCAAGCCCAUCUACAUCGAGGAUGCCUACCUGGGGAUGUGUCUGAAGCGACUGGGCAUCUCCCCCACCAAUCCUCCCAGCAAGUCGCUCUUUGUUGUCAACCCCAUCUACAGCUACGGACGCUGCAAACUGUCCACUGUGGUUGCCGUGACGACGACCAAAGUGAGCCAGCUGCUGAGGUACUGGCAGGACUACACAAGGCCCGGCCCGCCGUGCUGAGAGGGUAAUCACCACAGCAACCAUUACUUCUUCCUGUUUGGAAAAUGGAUUUCAUGAAGACACUUCCUGUAUGUUUCCCUUCCUGGAAAUGUUGAAUUGGAACUUUGGGUAAGAGACAUUAGCUCUUGCAUAAGAGACAUCCGUUCAGUCUUGUUGGGAGAUCCAUAGGUUGUUUGGUAUUUUGCUAAUGUAUGCCUCAACCCCUCCCUUUACAUUGACUGUGGUGCAGUGAAGGUGGAUAGGUUUUGGAGAGGGCUUAUUGGGCCUGUCUCAAUACCUUUCAACUGUCACAUGCUGCA